AUGCGGCGGAGUCGUGUGCCGCGGUACUACUGGUCGCGGUACCGCAUUCCGACGCAGAUGCCGAAGUUCGACGGCCCCGCCCCGGUUGCUGCGCCGCAGAGCAUGAACAGCACCAAGACGAACGAGUUCAUUGAUCCCAUCGACGACAAAUUCCCGCUGAGCAUCCGCGGCCCGCUGGUGCGGCCCGACGUUCCGGAGGAGCAGUACGUGGACAGCUGGUACGUGUGCACGUCGAUGACGCACCACCUCGGCGACUAUCGGCCGUGGAGCGCCAGCGCCCCACCCAACGCGUAUCGGUUUCGCCCGCACAACGAAUUCGACGCCAAGGGCAGGGAGUACGUGCAGUACAUGCGGCAGUUCGCCCGCCACGACCCGCGCAAGACCCGUGGAAAGGGGCAAAUGGGUUUCCCCUUUCGCGACGCCUACCUCACAAAGAUGAAUGAGGCCAAUGGCACCACGCCGCCCCCCACACUGGAGACCGUCAUGGACCGCGCUGUGAAGGAGCGGCACCAGCACACGCGCGUGCUGACGCCCAUGCAGGUACAGCGCGACGUGGGUCGCUUGGAGGCCCCGCUGCCCUGCGCCGGCAACAUACCCGUGGACCGCGGCCAGUUUCCAUUUCGCUGGAAGACGGAGGACUGGUACGAGUACGAGGUGGCCAAGGUGCGCAACAAGAGAUUCGUCUUUGAGAACACCGAGGAGGACGGCAUCCGCGGCUCCGAGGUAACCUACAAGAUUGUUCUGGAGGGCUUCUGGGACCACCACGUGAUGAAGCUGGCGGAUGACGUCUGCAUGUUCCUCCGGGAUGUGGGUCGUCAAAUUGCCGAGGAGAAACUUGGCGCGGUGCGGUGCGCCAUGGAGGGCCUGUCGGGUGGCGCCGUCGAUCCGGAGCUGCUCGCCACCUUCAAUGCCGCCCGCAGGGGCCCAUUUGGCCGCCCCGACGAAUACGACGCGGAGGAAGUGGCGAACUUCGUGCGGGCCGACCUGAAACGGCUAGAGGAGCAGUGUCUGGGUGUCAUCAACCGCUGCAAUGUGCCGGUGCCGGGCGCCACAAAUUUGUACGACCCGCAGCUCUCGUGGCCGUACGUGGAGAAGCUGGAGCCGUGGGUGCGCAUGGCGGAGUUCUGGACCUCCGCCUCCGACACCUCCUUCACAGAACUCGAGAUGUCCACCGCACAUUACGAGUUUAGAAAAUAUUUCCGUGUCAUUGUCUGCAAACUGCCAUUUCAGAGUACCGAGUUUGAAAAACGCAUGUAUGACAUAAGGCACUGGCUGCACCGACAAACCACGUGCGAGUUUCACACCAUUUAUAGGAGGAACGUUAUUCAUGAUGGCGCCGUGUUCCCGACGGAACACGACCCCGCCACGCCCACGACACACGAGCACCACCGCAUGUUUUCCUUUGCCCUCGACUGGCAGAGUGCCCCGGUGAAUCGCCUCAGUGUGAGCACGGUACUGGAGGGAGAGGAUUGGGGGAGGGCGGCGCAGCGCCUCGGCUGCGGUGUGGAGGAACUCAAGAAGGCGAACCCGGCGCUGGAGACGCUUGAGGCAGGUGCCCCCCUCAACGUUCCAGGAGAGGCUUCACGUAGGCUGACGAGCUUCGGUGCGGCGCCGCGCGUGCUGUCGCUGCAGGCCGCAAAGGAUGGGAGGCGCAUUCGCAGUUGGGACGAGGCCGCGGCUGCCCUCGAUUGCACCGUGGAGGAGCUGCAGCAAGCCAACGGCAACGCCGCACUCACCUACAAGCAGAGUAGCGAAAGUGGCGAGGGCGGCGAGUUUGAUCCAUCCGUCACGGAGCUGAACGUCCCCCCCUCCUGCUGGAUUUCAACCCCGGAGGCGGAGUUCAGCCCCAUCGAGCUUGUCUUCUCUGGCGACACCCUUGCCACCAUUGCGCGGCGGCUGCAAUGCAGUGAGGCGGCCCUGCAGAGGGAGAACGAUGGGGUGAGUGACGUUAGCCAGCUCCGCUUCGUGCGGGUGCCAGCCGAGGCGAAGGCGCCGAGACGAUUGGUGGAGCCGCAACUCCGCCCACAGGCCGCAACGGAGGCGCUGCUAACACGCACCAUUGCGGAGGAAACGACAUUUAAAGUCAAAAACAUUCCCGAUCUCCCGUCAAACGCGCAGAGGUUUCCACACGAGUACCACACCCCGACCUCGCGCUUCCCAACAACGCCAAAGGAAACGGAGUCGGAGAAUGACUGGAUGUCCUACACGGCAAAGUACCUUGACAAGCAGUUCACGCACCCGACCGAGCCCACGCCGCUGUACAACGUGAACAAGCUCUGGCCCAUGCAGCAGGUUCCUGGCAAGGUGGACCAGACACCCUUCGAGGAGGACCAGACGUGGCUGCUGAAUCCUAUCCCUGUGCAGCAAAUGGAACAACACCACCCCGAAAAGGACUUGCAGGACCUUCCGUUUGUCAACCACGAACAAUUCCCACGCUCGCUGGAGUGGACUGCACCGUAA